AUGCGGACCUUUUUCAAAGCUCCACCUGGGGCCAGGGACGGUGUGGCUGUGGAGGCCGACGGGGCUGGGGUGGAGGCUGACGGGGCUGCUGUGGAGGACGGCGAGGCUGCUGUGGAGGCUGACGGGGCUGCUGUGGAGGACGGCGAGGCUGCUGUGGAGGCUGACGGGGCUGCUGUGGAGGACGGCGAGGCUGGGGUGGAGGCUGACUGGGCUGCUGUGGAGGCCAACGGGGCUGGGGUGGAGGACGGCGAGGCUGCUGUGGAGGCCGACGGGGCUGGGGUGGAGGACGUGGAGGCGCGAUUCAUGCUAGAUUUCAGAUGUCCCUCGAAAUCUGCUCUGCGCAAAAUGGUGUUAUUGCACUUGAGACAGUGA